UAAGAAUCUCUAACCGAAAUUACAUGUAGCCCAAAUUAGAAGUCAUGAACACUCUUAUUUGUUCAUCAAACCCAACUCUUCAUCUCUCAAAUCUUCCAUCAAGGAAACCAAAUUUCUCACCUUUAAGCCCCAAACUAAGUUUAGGAAAACUCAAUUACCCCUUAAGCAGAUUAAAUCCACCACAUGCUUAUAAUGCCAAGGGAUUUUCAAGUGUUGAGAGUGAACUUGUGAGUAGCAAGAAUGGCAAUCCCAACAAGAACAAAGAUAAAGAUGAUGAGAUUCCUAGGGAAGUGUUCAACCGGAUCAUAGUUAGAAUAUUGGUGUCUGUUUUGGCACCAAUGGGUUUAGGAUUGGGAAUUUUGUAUGUGUUUGGAGAACUUAAGGUGAGACACAUAUGGGACAUGCCCAUGUGGGUGCCAUUCAUGACAACAUUCUUGACAUUUGGAGCUUCCACUCUUGGGAUUGCUUAUGGGGCACUCUCCACAAGUUUGGAUAAAGAUAGGGAAGGUACAUUUCUUGGCCUCAAUGAACUUCAGAACAAUUGGACUGAGAUGUGGCAAGAGGAGAAUCAGGAGGAUCAAAGUUAGACCUAAAGGUAGUGGUGAUUCACAAGGAAUAUUAAUGCAUAUUGUAUAGUAUAUAGUUGGAUUUUCAUUAUGUAUUGUAUUGUAUCCCUUAACAAGCAUAGAUGUGUAAUUGUUAGUGCACCAUAUUUGAAAUAUUACUUUUCUAAUUGAA